CUGCCCCAGGCGGCCGUCAGCUACCGGCACCACCCCAUCGAAGCCCGCCGUACCACCGACAUCGCCGCCGGAUAAUCUAAUCCCAGCCCAAAUCCAACCAGACCCGAUCCCCACGCGCAUUCCUCGUCCCGGAUCCGACCGUCCACCCGACCGCACCGCGCGACCGCCGGGGGAGCGAGAGCAUGGCGAGCGGGGGCAUGGUGGAUCUGGACGGCGGCGCCGUGGCGCCGCUCACCAUCUGCAUGAUCGGCGCCGACGGCUUCAUCGGCUGCCAUCUCUGCGAGAAGCUCAUGGUCGAGACCCCGCACGUCGUCCUCGCCGUCGACGUCUACUCCGACAAGAUCCGCCACCUCGUCGACCCACCGCCGCCCCACCUCGCCGGACGCAUCUCCUUCCACCGCCUCAACAUCAAGAACGACCCCCGCCUCGAGGGCCUCGUCAAGAUGGCCGAUCUGACGAUAAACCUGGCGGCGAUCUGCACACCGGCGGACUACAACACGCGGCCGCUCGACACCAUCUACAGCAACUUCAUCGACGCGCUCCCGGUGGUCAAGUACUGCUCGGAGAAUGGCAAGCGUCUGAUCCACUUCUCCACGUGUGAGGUCUACGGCAAGACCAUCGGCAGCUUCCUCCCCAAGGAUCACCCCCUCCGCAAGAUUUCUUGGAAUUACAUCUUUGCAAACUGAAUAUUGUUGGAAGAUAUUAGACUUUGUUUCAUACCAUGGAUUUUCUUGAACCAGCAUUAGCCUUAGAUGAGACACAUUAUCAAGAGGGUUAUAAAAAUGGGUAUGAUGAUGGCCUGGUAUUUGGAAAGGAAGAGGGGAGGCAGGUUGGCUUAAAGAAUGGUUUCCAGGUAGGCGAAGAACCGGGAUUCUAUCAGGGCUGCUUGGAUGUGUGGAUGUCAGUAAUUCGCCUCGAUCAAGAUGCAUUCUCAGCUAGGGUGAGGAAAUACAUGGAGCAACUAGCUGCACUUGUGAGCAACUAUCCUUUGUCUGAUCCAUAGGAUGAGCAGCUUCAAGGCAUGAUGAGGGAGAUACGGCUGAAAUUCAGCGUUAUCACAGGAAGCUUAGGAGCAAAACUGGGGUAUGAAGGUCGCCCCACAUCAUCUGAGCAAGACAUUGAGGAUAUGUAGCUUGUUUAGAAUUAUCGAAAGGUCCCUUGUGGUAUCAAAUAUCAGUCGCCACUUUGAAACUGAUAUUUGUUGCCAAUAUUGUUUUCUUUUGAUUUUGUAAUGAUGUUCAGUUUCACAUAUUGUGCUGCCACUGGGAUAACGGAGGAUAUCUGAAGCACUCUAGAUGUAUCUAACGUCCGCUGCAAAGUCUUCAAACUUGAGUGGAUUUUUGGGGUCACGAUGUUCAUUAUAUAUGUGGUCUUCUCCUUUCAAGAUGA